AUGAGUGAUCAAUAUAAAAAUGACAUUGAUCGAAUUUAGAAACUAAUUGUAUCUAUUAAAACUGAUAUCAAUAAACGAGAAUAAAAAAAGAAUGCUGGAUAAUAGUUUACCAUAAUUGAAGGUGAAAUUCGAGCUUAAUUGACAAAUUUAGGUACGAAUCUCUUCUAAGAUUUUAAGAUCGUGAUUUAGUGCUUCUGGGGGAUCUGAUGAGACUUUAAGAGAAUACCUUGAUGCAGAAGGAAUAGGAGAAACGCAGAAAUUAAUUAUAAGAGUUUAAGAAUUAGAGGGAUCUCAUCUCCGAGCAAUUCAAGAAAGCUGUUCUUGAAACCAAAUAAGAGAAGCAAGCAGCUCCAAAAUAAAUGGCUGAAUUAAGCAACAUGUCAAAUCGAGAACUUUUCAAGAAUUAAAAAGAUCUCUAACAAGAAUAAGAGAAAUUACUAGAUUAGACCUAUGAACAAGUAAUUUUAUUUUUUUAUCAUAAGACAAUGGGUUUAAAGUAUUCAGGAUAGAAUAUAAAUCAAACCUUGAAUCAAUAGAUUGUAGAUCUUAAUCGUUUAAAUGAUGAUGUGGAUAAAACCAAUAAAAACAUGACAUUCGUUAAUUCCAAAUUUGCAUCAAUCAUCUCAAAGUCUUCAAAUUGUUGGCUCAUAAUAAUAAUUGUGAUUGAAAUCGUUUUGCUCCUCUGUUUUAUCCUUUUCCUUUGAAAUGUGAAGUCAUUAAUUGUGUAUGAAGCACUC